UAAAUUUCCAAUUCAGAACUAUUGAAUUGUGUUUUUAGAGUAUCUGAAGUUCUGAACUUAAAAAUGGUUUAUAUGCUGAAGAAAAAGGAGUGUCAUUACGUAGACGACUUGUUGUUUUGUCUAUAGAUAAGCUUUGCUGUUUUGUCUUGUUGUUUCCGCGCGUCUCUCUUCCGUUUCCGAUGUUCUACUUUUGGCAGAAUAAGAAGCCACCCUAGUUUGUGGCUCUCCAGGUAAAGUUUAAUUUUGCGUUCAAGGACAAGACCAAUUACGUAUCCAUUCUAUUCGAAGGAUUUGGCAGAAUUUCACGCUGACAAAAAUGUGUUAAGAGUCUAAUACUAGACCAAGCUCGAUUUACCCAGAUAUGGCCCCUUCGUUGUUAUAUGUUGUAUAUGGUGGACAUUGGAGUAUGGAUGAGAAAAGAGAUUACACAUUUGAAGGAAGUACUAGAAAGGUUACAUCAUUCGAGUGGGAUAAGUCCAAUUUGGACUUUGAUUCAUUUUUGAAGUCCAUAUACGAGGAGGUCGGUUGUGAACAGAACACACAUAGACUGAAGGUAUCGUUCCAAAUUCCACGGUUUGGAAGAAGUAUGUUACCUUACACUCUCGAUAGUAAUAAAGCACUUAGGACAUUUCUUAGGGACCAAGAAGUAGACUCUACACUUUUAAACGUUGAAGUUACUGAGAUAGAAUCUGUAGAAGAAGUGGUUAGUUUGGCCGUAGAUGACAAGGUAGAAUCUUGCCAAGAUGCUCACAUUAUGGCGCAUGAUACCUUUUUUGACAAACAUGAGGGAAAAGAAGGCGAUGAAAUGAACAAGGAAUUGAGGGGAAAGGAUCAGAUGUUGCCUCACAGUAGAGCCGAAAAUGAAGGGGAUCACAAAGGGAGAAAAUCAAAGAUGGAUGAAAUUGCUGAGAAAGGAGGAUGUGGUAAAGCUCAGUCUGUCAUAGAAGAUAAUGAUGGCCCAGCUGUAAGUAAGAAAACAAUGAGAGACAAACCUUUGGGUUUUAAUGACCUACGAAAAGAAGACAAACAUGAAAAAAAUGAUGGAAAUGCAGCUUGUGCACGACCCCUGCGUCACCUACGAGCUAGGAAUGCUAAGAAUGUGAACUGUCUGUUUAAGCCAAAGAUAAGAAAAAAUGCCCAAAUUGUAGCUCAUGAUACUUCAGCUAUUGCACAACCCCUACGUCACCUAGGAGCUAGAAAUGCUAAGAAUGUGAGUUGUCUGUUUAAGCCAAAGAUCAGAGAAAAUGCCCAAAUUGUAGCUCAUGAUACUUGCUUCGAUGAAAACAAGGGAAAUGAAGGCAAGAGAGUGAACACGGAAACGAGGGGAAAGGAUCAAAUGCUGUCUCCUAAUAGGGAAAAAAAGGAAGAGUAUCACAAGGAAGGGGAUGACAGUAGGGGCAGAAAAGAAAAGAUGAUUGAGAUUGCUCAGCAAGGAGAAGGGUGUGGUGAAGCUCAGUCUGAAUAUAAGAAAAUAAGGAGAGGCAACAUUUUGCAUUUAAAUGAAGACCGUGGUAAAGAAGAUGAAAAUGAAGAUCGCAGGGGGAGAAGAAAAGCAAAAAUGGUUGAGGUUGUUCAGAAAGGAAGGUGUGGUGAAGCCCAGUCUGAAAGUAAGAAAAUCAGGAGAGACAAAAUUUUGGAUAUAAAUGAAGACCUAGGAAAAAACGACAGAUACGAGGAUGAGAAAGUAGAGGGGAAUUGUGCUAACAUACAUCACCUUCAAGCUAAGAAAGCUACAAAUGGGGACUGCCGAUCUAAGCCAGAUACAAACGAUAAAGAGGGAAAUGAGAUAGGGUCAAAUAUGUGCCACCAGUGCCAGAGGAAUGAUAAAGGAAAGGUUGUUCGUUGCACAGUUUGCAAGACUAAGAGAUAUUGUUUGCCAUGCAUUUCCACAUGGUAUCCUGGUAUGACUGAGGAAGCUUUUGCAGAGAAGUGCCCUGUUUGUCUUCAAAACUGUAAUUGCAAAUCAUGCUUGCGGUUGGAAGGAUGUAUAAGGGUGUUGAAGUGUAGACGCUCUGAAGUAAGUAAAGAUAAGAAGGUUGAGUACUCUAAGUAUAUCUUGCUCCUGCUUCUACCUUUCCUGAGACAAUACAAUUCAGAGCAAAUAAUGGAGAAGGAGAUUGAAGCUAAGAUUCAAAGGGUUACCUUUGCUGAUUUAGAGUUGCAAAAGGCGAACUGCAAGUGGGAGAGGAAGUACUGUAGCAACUGUAAAACGGCUAUUGCUGAUUUGCAUCGAAGCUGUUCAAACUGUUCCUAUGAUCUUUGCCUUGCCUGUUCUCUAGAUGUUAGGAAUGAAAAUUUGAAGGGUGGAACUAAUGCUAAAAGAAAGUCCAAAAGAAUCAAUAAAUUUGUUGAAAGUGGUAGAAUGACUUGUCCACCUUGCAACAUGGGGAGUUUGGAGUUGAAGCACAUUUUUAAGGAGAAUUACAUUUCUGAAUUGCUUGCAAAGGCAGAAGAAACAGUAAAGAAACUGAACUUGGAUGGCAUGCCAGAAGGUUCUCAGGGAUGUUGUUCUUGCUUGAAAUCUACCGACGAGGAAGAUAUUGGUAAAAGUAAUACCGUAAGGAAAGCAGCUUCUAGGGAGGGUUCUGAUGAUAAUGUUUUGUACUCUCCAGUAGCAGCUAAGAACAUGCAGGAUGAGGAUUUGAAGCACUUCCGCUGGCAUUGGUUGAAAGGAGAGCCGGUGAUCAUCAGUAAUGUGCUGGAAACUACUUCAGGACUAAGCUGGGAACCAAUGGUUAUGUGGCGUGCAUUCCGCCAGCUAAGAACUUUCAACCAAGUAAUUGCUAUUAACUGUUUGGACUGGAGUGAGGUUACAGUUAACAUCCGCGAGUUUUUUAAAGGAUACAUGGAUCUUCGGUAUGAACGUCCUGGUUUGCCUAAAGUUCUGAGAUUAAAUAACUGGCCAACAUCUGAUUCAUUUGAGGAACGCUUACCGCGUCAUGGGUAUAUAAAUAUGGGACCAAAGGCAUUUAUAGCUAAUGGAAUUCACAAGGAGCUCGGGCUUGGAGAUUCUGUAAUCAAGCUUCACUUUGAUACAUCUGAUUCUGUAAAUGUCUUAACGCAUAAUCAAGGAACAAACCUAACACCUGAAAAGCAGGUUAAAGUGCAGCAUGCUAUCCAUGAUCAGAACUCUGUAGUGAUAGUUGAUAAGGCUGAAAAGAGAGAGAAUGAUAUCCAUAAGUUGAAAGAUGAAUGCUCUACGCUGGGUAAAAGGAAAAUUUUCACUUGUGCAAACCCAGAGAAAAAUCAGUAUACUGAUGGAACUGUUGGUGAUAUUAAGAAAGACGGUGAAGCUCAGCAGGAAGGGGAUCCAACCGGGAACAGCCGUGAUGAGUUUGAAGAAUCUGAUGGUGGUGCUCUUUGGGACAUCUUUAGAAGAGAAGAUGUCCUUAAGCUUGAAGAAUAUAUCAGGGAACACUUCAAGGAGUUCAGGCAUAUAUAUAGUGGCCAGGAGCCACAGGUUGUUCACCCAAUUCAUGAUCAAAGUUUUUACUUGACCAUUGAGCACAAGAAGAGACUCAAACAAGAAUAUGGGGUUGAACCAUGGACAUUUGUUCAAAUAUUAGGGGAUGCUGUUUUUAUACCAGCAGGCUGCCCUUUUCAAGUUAGGAAUUUGAAGUCAUGCACAAAUGUUGCUCUUGGCUUUGUGUCACCAGAAAAUGUCUCCCAGUGCCUUAGAUUGACCGAGGAAACCCGCACACUUCCCCAAAAUCACAGUGCCAAAGAAGAUAAACUGGAGGUGAAGAAAAUAAUGGUGUAUGCUGUGGCUGAGGCACUCUGGACUUUGGAUGAAGGUGCACGAAUGUACCCAAUGUAGUUCCCUUCCUCCAUUUUAUUUCUAUACCUUAGGUAUAGUCGUAUAGAAAUGGUUGUCCCCCUCUCUUCCUUAAUCCGGGGUACUUGUACUUCCUCUCUUAUGUUUGC